CGUGAAACUUGUAACGCGUACGUGUGAAUUCCUGUAAACUUGUGAGCUACAAAAUCCACUCUAUCAGUCUGUGGUAAGCGGUAUAGCAAGGCGGAGUGCUGAAGACCAAAUGUGGACCCAUAUCGUCUUUAUAACUUGUAUGGUCUGCUACACAAGCGGUCUGAACCGAGACGCUGUGAGACAAGCCCUACUAGAACGCCGUUCGGUUCAUCUCGAUCCAUUUUUUCGGGAACAAGCACUGAUAAGAAGCAAACGACAAGCUUCGGAUUUUCUUUCUGAUGACGAAGAUUUAUCGUCGCUAGAUGGCAGUGGAGAUGACUCUUUAUCAAGGCUAAAAGUAGCGUCUACUCCAACCCCUACCCUUGAAUAUAAUGUGGCAUCGUCUACAGAUUGGGGAUGGUACAGAACAAAGAUUAACUUUCUGGAUUCCAUUGAAUACAGUCCAGCGCUCGCUGAUUAUCACACAGAUGAAUUUUUGGAAGUUUCCGAUCAAAUUAUGGUUGCGAUUGAAGAACAUUUAAACAACUAUAUGGGAGGUUACCAUGAAGCAACUCCACUAAUGAUAUUUAUGAAAGGUGGUGAUGUUUACGCCAUGGUUGAUGUCGGCAUGUGCAUGGGGCAAUCCAUUGAUGAGGUCACGGAUGCUUUACAAUCGCUCGUUAGAGACGGAAUGAUUGGGUCGUUUCGGGUCAGCGAUUCUGGGUUUAGUAUCCGACAAAUUGGGGUGGACAGUGGACGUGUUGAAUGCGCCCCUGGACCUGUACUUGAAUCAACCACUCCGGCUCCCGCCUUUGAAACAACUUUGAUUUACACAACCACCACCACCACAGAAAGGACUCCACCAUUACCAACUUUUGACCUCAGCACCACAACUCCACCCCAGGCACCCCAGACCACCACCUAUUACCCAGAGAGAAGUACAACCUACUUCCCUGAAACCAACCCCCCCUUUAUCCCCCAAACAGCCCCACCUUUUGUAAUUGAAACAGUCCCACCCCCCUUUGUACCCCAAACCACCCCACCCAAGCCCCUUGUCACGAACCCCCCAGGUCCCAGGUUAUGCCGUGCUGACCAAGCUACAUGCCGUAAUGGCCAAUGUAUCGACCGAAGCUACAUUUGUGACGGCACUGCUGAUUGUUUGGAUGGAAGUGAUGAACCUCCUACUUGUGCUGUAACCAACAAUUGUGAUCCUACGGAGUUCUUAUGCGUUGGCACGGGUGUUUGUGCACAGAAGACAUGGAGAUGUGAUGGCGAUAAUGAUUGUGGGAAUAAUUAUGAUGAAACAAACUGCCCCACAGCAUCCCCAGAUGCAGCUUGUCCUAGCAUGCACUUCCAAUGCAACAGUGGUGCAUGCAUUCCUUCAAGUUAUCAAUGCGAUAAUGAACGUGACUGUGAUGAUGGAUCAGAUGAAAAUAACUGCAGACCUCCGGUGGUAGUUUCUCCACCAGAAAGAUUUGUUAACGCAACACAAGGUGACACUGUUGAGUUGUUCUGCGAAGCCGUAGGGGUUCCCACCCCCAUUAUAUCAUGGAGGGUGAACUGGGGUAACGUACCACCCCCACCCCGGGUUACCAUGACAACCGUUGGAGGGAAAGGAGUUCUAACUAUAAGGAAAGUAAAGAAAAGUGACCAGGGAGCUUACACAUGUGAAGGGAUUAAUUCCCAAGGAGCAAUAUUUGGUCGUCCUGAUGCGAUCUUGCAAGUUACUGAGGGUGGCAUUGAGAAUGGAGGUUCAGAGAUAGGAUGCCCAGAAGGUCAGUUCAGUCCAACUGGAAGUCUUGAUGAUUGUACAGCAUGUUACUGCUUUGGUGUUACCGACCAAUGCUCUGCAAGUAAACUGGAGUUUACUGAGAUUGGUAUUGAAUUCACGCAACCAGAUGACGACCAGGGUGUCACUCUUGAACCAAAGGAAAAAUCUACGAACGGUGGUCCCCCUCCCGACCUACCUGUCACAUCAAACCAAAUCUUUACCAACCCAGCAGCUAAAGAACUUCAACUGAUCGAUUUAUCGAAAAGAUUUCUUGCAGCUGCUCACUAUUGGAGCUUGCCUGCACAGUUUGUGGGAGCUAAGAUCAACAGCUAUGGUGGAACAUUAGAGUUUUCCUUUAGUUAUAACAACUCCUACAACUUUACCCCACGACCCACUAAUGCAAGUGAUGUAAUAUUGGAAGGUAAUGGAAAGACAUUGGUUUACCAUCAUGAUGGACCCGCACCUAAACCGGGAGUGAAGAACCAAGCAAAUGUUUUGCUUACUGAGGAUAAAUGGAAGAAUGAAGAUGGAAGUGAUGUGAGUCGUGAAGACAUGCUGGGUGUGCUCGCUAAUGUCGAUCGGAUAUUACUAAGGACUGUUUAUGAUAACUCUAUGUUAAGUACUGGAAUUGGUGAUGUAAAACUGCAAGUAGCACGAGCACCAUCCCCUAAGUUACCAGGUGAAGAACAACCAGCUGGAUCACUUGCAUCAAUGGUGGAGGAAUGUGAAUGCCCACCUGGAUAUACUGGCUUGUCUUGCGAGCUUUGUGACGAGGGUUACAUCAGAAUGAGAGCGGGUCCCGUAUUGGGUCGUUGUGUGCGAGAAACCCCAGCCAUACCCAUAUGUGAUACGGGGUACACUGGCCCCGAAUGCACCGAAUGUGAGGAGGGCUACACCCCAUUUGAAGGAGGUUGCACGAGGUACCCUGGGACUUACUGUGAUGUGGCAGGAAGCAUUGGAGUUGGGGUUGGUCGGCAAUGUAAAUGCAAGGCCGGCUGUGAAGGUCCACGUUGCAACAAAUGCAAACCUGGUUUCUACUACUUGUCGCAAGACAAUCCUGAUGGAUGCAAACCAUGUUUCUGUAUGGGUGUCGCCGAUACUUGUGAAAGUUCUACAUGGAACAGAACACAGGUGUCGCCGAGUUUUCGAAGUGGGGAUUAUUUCAUCCUGACCAAUCGGCUUCAAGCGUCACGCUUCCAUGAUCACAUCACGUACGUUAAGUCACUAGAUGGCACUAGACAACCUGUGGUCACCGCCCACUUGAACCUGCUACCAUUAGAUGUUUAUUACUGGAUGCUGCCUGAAGAGUUUGUGGGGAAUAAGAUCACAUCAUAUGGAGGAAGAUUGGACUUCACGAUCAACUACAGUGAGAUCGAGGGUGCGCGACCUAUCACUAGAAUCGCGAUCGCAAAAAUCACAGGAAAUGGAAUCACGCUGGUUCAUAUGAGCGACACUCAUCCACCACCAGAUCGUGAUACAAGAUUCGUGAUUGAGAUGGUUGAGAGCAAAUGGCAGAAAGCUGACACCAGCGAGGCCACCAGAGAGGAAUUAAUGAUGGUCUUAUCAAAUGUUGAAUCUUUCCUUGUACGUGCUACAUUCUCGAACCGUGUACAGACCACAAGCAUAUCAAACAUCUAUCUUGAAGUUGCAUCUCCUCAACACACAGGAAGGGGUAGGGCUUAUAAAGUGGAGCAAUGUUCGUGCCCACCUGGAUAUACUGGUCUGUCUUGUGAGGAAUGUUCGAAUGGCUACCAUAGAAUAGAUGGUGAAUACCUGGGUACUUGUGUCAAGUGUGAUUGUAAUGGACAUAGUAACACAUGUGAUAAAACGACUGGAGUUUGUAAUCAUUGUCGACACAACACAGCGGGUGACCAUUGUGAGCAGUGUGACUAUGGUUACUAUGGUGAUGCGCGUGGUGGGGCUGAGGGUUGCCAACGAUGUCCGUGCCCGCUCAUUCGAAACGACAUUGUUACAUGUCAUGUGACAAGAGGAGGGGAACCAGUGUGUGAUAGAUGUCCACCUGGGUAUAGUGGAAAUAUAUGCAACUUGUGUGCCCCUGGUUAUGAGGAGGUUUCAAACUCCCCUGUGUUGGUUUGCCAACUAUCUGAUGAUUCAUCGUGUAGAUGCGAUCCAUCAGGUUCAACUGGUGAUACGUGUGAUGAGAAUGGACAGUGUAACUGUAAGGCGAGUGCAACAGGCAAGAGAUGUGAUGAAUGUAAACCUGGUUAUUAUUAUCUGAGUGUUGAUAAUGAAGAAGGAGGUUGCUUGCCUUGCUUCUGUAUGGGAGUGACAAGGGAAUGUACAUCUGCUAGUUAUCAAAGAAACACUAUCACCACUGACUUCAGUGAAAACUUUGGUAGUUUUUCGUUGACGGACAGAUUACAACGUAGCUCUGUUACUGAUGGAUUUGAGGUCACGAAUAGGGGUGGUAGCAUUUCACAUCCACGACUUGACACUCUGCAACGUGGCACCUCAUAUUACUGGGUACUACCUGAGGAAUAUAAGGGUGAUAAGAUUGUGUCUUACGGUGGAAAGCUUCAAUACACUGUCACAUAUACAACAUAUGCACAAGGUGUACAACUACAUGAUUCUGAUGUCAUAAUCACUGGUAAUGACAUCACACUGCUGUCAACUGGUAGCGAUUCUGCUGUUGUUCCUAACCGACCUACUGAGAAAGUUAUUGUGUUUCGCGAGGCCAAUUGGAAGAGAGCUGACGGACAGCCAGCCACACGUGAGCAUCUUCUCAUGGUCCUCGCUGAUGUUGAAACGAUCCUCAUAAGAGCAACAUUCUCCUCCUCGAUGCUCCGUACAUCCCUCUCUUCCAUCUCCAUGGAAACAGCGAGUGAGAGUGUCCUGAUGACGGAGCCAGCUAUGGAGGUCGAACAAUGUGUUUGUCCUGCUGGGUAUGAGGGGUUGUCUUGUGAGGAUUGCGCACCAGGCUUUACUAGAUCAGGAGGGGGCAUCUACCUUGGCUUGUGUCAUUCAUGCCAAUGUAAUGGACAUUCUGACCAGUGUGACUCAGAAACUGGAGUUUGCCAGAGUUGCCGUGACAACACAUCAGGCGACCGAUGUGAGCAAUGUAAUGUCGGAUAUUUUGGUGACGCAACACAAGGCACACCUGCUGAUUGUCGUCUAUGUGCUUGCCCUGGUUAUGGGGAUAACAGUUUCUCAGACACUUGUGAAUAUAACACGGAUUCUAGAAACCUCGUUUGCACGAACUGUCGCGAGGGACACGUGGGUGACAGGUGUGAACGAUGUGCACCGGGGUACACGGGGAACCCCCAGGACGAAGGGGGUGAAUGUGUUAGACGAGCUGAGCCUGUUGUUGGGAGCCACCCAGUGGUGAAAGUGUCACCGAAGCGAGUUAACGCAAGAAGGGGGGCAAGCGUCACCGUUCAAUGUGAGGUGAACUCCCCCUACCCCACCAUAGUGGAAUGGUACAAAGGAACCUCAUCGUCACGAUUAUCCUUACCUCCCACUGCUACCAUAUCGAACAAUGGACACACACUCACUUUUGCGAGAUUUGGCCGAAAUGAGGCCGGCACUUACGUAUGUAUCGCACACAACAACUAUGGGGUGGGGAGCGACACUACAGUGCUACUCAUUGCAAGAGAACGACCAAUGAUAAAAGUUCGAGUUGAGGAACCACGUCGUAUAACUACUAGACCUGGCUCACAAGCUACAUUUGUGUGUACUGCUACUAGCAAGAUGCCAGCUUAUAUCGUAUCAUGGACCAAGCGUGGUGGAAUGCUCCCUCUUUCCCGUGCUACGGAUUACAAUGGUAUUCUCCAUAUACGAGACCUCAGACCCUCCGAUGCUGGCACUUAUGUGUGCACUGGCUCCAAUAUGUACACUACUGAUUCUGAAACGGCAACACUAGAAGUUAUUGGAGCAUCGACACCAACAGUCAUCGUCACCCCAAACAACCAAAGUGUUGCCGAAGGACAGGAAGCUAUCUUCUACUGCAAUGCAAGGGGUUUCCCCACUCCUGAUAUUGAGUGGCAUAGAGUUGAUGGCCACCCCAUGCCCAGCAAUGUAAAGAUGGAAGGCAGGAUGUUAAUGAUACCAUCAGCAUCACAGGGUGAUAGGUCACUGUAUGAAUGUAGAGCUUCUAACCAACAUGGAACUGCUGAGGCUGCUGGAGCUCUGGAUGUCUUUGAACCAUUUGAGGCACCCCGUGUGGUAGUCACACAAUCAGAGGUUAUAAUCGAGUAUGGAGACAAUGCCACCCUUGAGUGUCAAGUAGAAGGUACACCUCCCCCCAACAUUGAGUGGGGAAUAUUUGGCUAUGAACUCGCUGAUAAUACACAUGCUGACCAAGGAAGGCUAAGCAUUACAUCGGCAAAGUUGGAAAACCAAGGAACUUACACUUGUACCGCAUCCAAUACAUUUGGAAGGGAUGAGGGUUAUGUGUAUGUAACUGUACAAAGAACAUUCCCCAACACUGACAAACCAAUCUGCCGAACCGACCCUAAAGAAGUGACGGCAUACGUUGGUACAAACUCUACCAUCACAUGCACUGUUGGUGGGAAUCCACUGCCCACUAUAAGUUGGGAGGGGAGGGAUGGAGCUCCAUUACAUCAUAAUAUGAGGGUUGUUGGAAGUGACUUGUUCAUUGAAAAUGUUGAACUAUCGAACACGGGGUCCUUUGUGUGUGUGGCUACCAGUUAUAAAGGUGUUUCAAGAAGUCAGAUGACACUACAUGUGGUGAAAAAAGAUCUGCCUAAAGUUAGUAUACAACCUUCACACUACCAGAAGGUAAACGCGGGCACCGAUGUUACAUUCACUUGUUCAACUAAUGAGACAGAUGCUGAUAUAACAUGGCUGCGUGCUGAUCAAAAGCAUUUUACUGGCAACACGUACCUGAGUGAAAAUAGCCGAGUUCUUCACCUAGAUGGAGUGACACCUGAAGAAACAGGAACUUACAAAUGUAUUGCAAGCAAUGCUGCAGGGCAUAGGGAGGUUGCAGCAUAUAUUCAUGUUAUAGCCCCACCAGCGGUACGUGUGAGUCCAGCCAAGUUUAUUGACCUGAGGGUUGGAGAGUCGGUUAAACUGAUGUGUUCAUCACGUGGGACACCUCUACCUUCUGUUAUAUGGAGGAAGCAUAAUAUGACUGGGAAUGGCAUGUCGAAACAACUAACAAACUACCGCCGAGGUUCAGGUAGUUACAUGUUAUCCAAUGUAAGACUAGAUCAAGCUGGUGAUUAUAUUUGUGAAGCAAUCAAUGAAGCUGGGAGAUCUACUGUUACUGUGGUGGUAAUGGUUCACCCGAGACUGAUGAUGAGCGAACCUGACGUCAUAAUUGCUUCAUCCACAUACAAGGGCAUUGUGGGUAACCAAGCAGAGUUACGUUGCGUUGCUACCGGAAAGCCCUCUCCUACUAUUAAGUGGUCAAAGCGUAACGGAGAAUUACCAGAAGGAAGCUACCAAACUGAAGGAACGCUCAUCAUACCAAGUCUAUCGGCUUCUCAUGUUGGGGAAUUCACCUGCACCGCUACUAAUGUGUUGGGAUCAGAUUCCAAAACCGUCACAGUUUCUAUCAUAGAACCCCCAACACUAUCCAUCCAACCCUCCCCCAGCAUGAAGUUAGUUGAAGGAACAUCAUAUUCAAUAUCUUGCUCAUCAUCUGAUGUAUUGCCUGUAUCUUAUUCUUGGAUGAAGGAAUCUGGUGAAAUGUCUAGCACUGUACUGACAUCUGGUGGUCGAAUGCAGAUAACGAGUUUCAACCCCAAUACUGACGUUGGUCGAUAUACUUGCAAGGGUUUAAACGAUGCUGGGGUUGCCACGGUUACUCUUACUAUAACUGCUGCAAAACCACCUGUCGCUACCAUCUCACCACAAGAGGUCACCAAAGAGGUUGGUUCAUCUGUUAAGUUCGUUUGUUCCGUCCAAAACAAUGAAAACAAUGCCAUCGUGUGGAAAAAAGUAGACGGGAGCGAGCUUGACUUUGAUCGGGUGAUAACAGAUGACAACACAAUGAUGAUUCAUGACAUCACAAUAACUGAUGGUGGUGAAUAUGAGUGCAGUGUUUCCAAUGAUAUUGGUUCAUCUUCUGCUACCGCAACACUGACAGUUCAUUCCCUUCCCACUGUAACAAUAUCCAGCAAUAAGUUAAUCUACAAUGAAGGAGAUGUCGCAAACAUUACUUGCACAAGCACUGGUGUACCGAUGCCUACUGUUACCAUAUUUAAGGAUGGUGAAGAAAUAAUCACUGCAACACCCGGUCAUAUGUUCAUUCCUUCCCUAACUAGUGAUGUCAGUGGAGUUUAUGCUUGUCUUGCUUCCAGUGUUGCCGGAAGUAGUGAAGAUUCAAUCACCAUUACAGUUCAUACUGUCCCCGUGGCAACUGUUGAAAACAAGAUAGUAACAGUGACAUCUGGUGACCGGUUGUCCGUAGCUUGUUCAGCCGCCGGUAAUCCAACACCAACAAUAUCUUGGGCAAAGAAUGGAAGUCUCGUAUCCAGUUCCGAUGAAUUAAUUAUCGACAACGUUAAAGUGGAUGACAGCGGGGUUUAUGUUUGUAAUGCUACCAGUGUUGCCGGGUCUAAUUUCACUUCAGUGGAUGUUGUUGUGAAUGCCUUCCUUCCCUUUUUCUCGCAAACCCCUCUCUCCUAUCUCACACUCAACAUACCCGAUGGUGAAUUCUACACAAAGUUUGACAUCAAAAUAUCUUUCAAACCCAAUGUAUUAAGUGGUGUCAUCUUCUAUGGUUAUGGUGGGGGUGGGGACUUUAUGAGUCUUGCUAUAAUUGAUGGACAGGUCUCAUUCAUGUUUGACGUGGGGUCAGGUCCUAUCAAUAUUGUGGGGACUACACCUAUUACGAAGGGUGAAUGGCACACAGUGUGGGUGUCAAGGCAAGAACGUAAAGGUCAACUAAAGGUCAACGAUCAGGAUACUGUCAUGGGGAAAUCCCCUGGGGAGUUCCGAGCAUUGGACCUGGGGUCAGAGUUGUAUAUUGGGGGAGUCCCCACAGCUGUUGGGGGGUCGUUACCUGAGGGGUUGAGGAUGUUGGGUUCCGAUUCAGGUUUCUAUGGAUGUAUGAGCCAGGUGGAAGUAGGAUCCGCAUCCAUUGAUCUUGGUUCCUCAUCUCGCAUCACUGAGAUGAUAGGAGUGGUUAGGUGUCGCACAUGUGGUGACGAUGGAUCUCUGUGUUUACAUGAAUCGGUGUGUACAGAAUCCCACUUAUCUUCACAAGGAUUCAUGUGCUCAUGUAUGGAGGGGAAUGUGGGACAACAUUGUCAGUUUGUGGAGAAGGAUCUUUGUAAUGAAGGUAGCUGUGGUUCGCACGGUAAAUGUGAGGUUGAUCUCAACCUAGAGAUUGGAUAUCUAUGUACAUGCAAUACUGGGUAUAGUGGGGUGAACUGUGAGGUUCAACCUAUACUCAGUAUAAACACGCUGUUCCGUGAUAACACCCACACCCCCGACCUCCUUGAAGUUAGGGGUGUAGGGGAACUACCUGCUAAUCUCGUAGCCGGUGAAGUCAUAAGUGUGGGUAGAGGGGAAGUACCUGUGGGGGAACACCCUGGUGUGAAACCGAUAAUCACAACAACUGAAACAAUGAUUGAUGUUGGAGCUGCUGUGGCUUUUAACAGGGAUUCAUACAUUAUGACAUCAUCAAUGAACGCUUCCCAACCUCGACGCACAGAUGUCGUCAUGCGUAUCCGCCGUCGAUCUGAUGCUGACGGGCUUCUUCUUUACAACGGAGGUCAAAGUUCAACCACAUUCGUCUCACUCUCCAUCCGCUCGGGGGCGGUAGAGUUCAGAUAUGGAUCGGGAGAUGAUGUUGCUGUCCUUCGUUCCCCGAUGUCGCAACUGCAGGUUGGUUCAUGGCACACGAUACGAGCUGUGAGGAGGAGGUCCCGUGGAAGGUUGGAUGUUGAUGGGAGGACGGUGGCAAGAGGGAGGACUUCAUCUUCACCCGAUCUUUAUCUGGAUGCUCCCAUGUUUGUGGGAGGCUCGAGGUACUGGGAUCGAAUCCCACCAAGGGUGGAUGUAAGGGACGGGUUCGAUGGUUGUAUUGAUGAGUUACGCAUUGAUGACAUUGAAAUCCCAUUCAAUGAAAUGUUUGUAAGGAAAAACACGAGAUCUUGUGAAGUACAACCUCAACCAAGCGUGCAAGAUGAAGCAGCAGUGUUUCCAGGUGUUUCUCCUCCCCGACACUUAGCAAGGUUCUCGGGCGACUCCUUCGCCUCGUUCGCACCCACCACUUUCCCACAUGAUGGCAGUGCUGAGCAGAUCAGUUUCGACAUACGAGCUACAUCACCUGAUGGUCUUGUGUUAUUCCAUGGCGAGGAUCUAACAUCUGAGCCAUCAGAAACAUCUCGUUUACAUAAGAGGUCACAUAGAGGUCGUAGCAAAGAUUAUAUUUCUGUUGGAAUUCAGGAAUCGAAACUAGUUUAUUCGUUUGAUCUUGGGGGUGGGCAGGGCCGAGCAGUAAGUGACUUCCCAGUAGUUGACGGGUUAUGGCAUCAUGUGACCAUCGUUAGACGUGGCUCUCUAGCACUCAUGUGGUUGGAUGACGUGCCAACCCCCGUAGCUGCCCAAGCACCAGGGUCGCAUACAAUGGCUAAUACACCCGGGAGGGUAUAUGUAGGAGGAGCUCCAGAUGUGAUAUUCGCCACCGCAGGGCGCUAUACGACCGGGUUUAUGGGUUGUAUCGGUAACUUACGAUUCACGGGUAUUCCCCCAACUCGAGCCUCGGAACUUGGGUCUCGUUACCUUGACGACGAUUCCUCCCCAACGAUCGACUUCAGCCACUCUGUCGCCAUCGAGCGAGUGAAUAUCCGGAGAUGCAACCAACACCGGGGGGUUAACUGAACCUAGAACUUGGGAUAGGAAAUUUUGCCGCUUGUGAUGUCAUCAAAAUUAUGAUGUCGUCAUAUAAUGAUGUCAUAAGACCGUGACGAAAUUGAAAAUACAAUCACAGAUUGUUACGUUUUAUAAUGGUACAAUGAUUUUGCGCCAAAAUUUACUUUUUCUUGUUUCGAAUUUUUUUUGAUUUCUCGUUUCAGAUUUUUGAUAAAUCAGGAAGAUUGAAUUCUUCAAUGAACCUGAGCUGUUUUGUUUGCAAACAAUAGGAGUGUUUAUCAUUGUCACAAUGCCACUAUUGUUUAUUUUUAUAUUCUACCAUCGUUAGCCUUUCAUCAGCAUAUUGUUUCACCCCAUAGCAGAGUAUGACGUCACAAUACUAACUCUUGCCUAUUUAUACUUGUGUCAUACGUAACAAUCGACGUAUUAUUGGAUCACAGGCCUCAUUAUAACAAGUGCCUCUUAAUAUCAAGUUGCCAAAAUAUCUCAUAUAAUAUUUCUAUGUGACCUACACACUUGCUUGAAUACAACAUCCUACACAUUAA